UCUUUGAGUCCAAAUGAGAAAGGUAGGCAAGACUGGAUGAUGAGCCCCUGCCCAGGCAGAGCUGGUCAGGAGUAAUGCCACGGUGUGGGUAGCCCUCAGAAGAGUGCCCGGGACUGGGCGUAAGGUGUCAGACAUUGAGAAGAGAGCUCAGAAAGAGAACAUGAGUGGAUGCCAUAGACCAGUUUGCCCGGUUUCUAAUUUAGCCCUCGGCUUGUGCUGUAACUGAAUCAGAUCUUUUCAGUGUUAAAUGAUUUCAGGGCAUCACCGAUUGCUUGUUGGCAUUAUUCCAAAUCUCAACCAAGGACAAACUUCUAGGAACAUGUGCUUACCAAGUGGUGAUUCCAAGUAUGACUUGCUAUGUAAAGAAGAACUUAUUGAACUCAAGGACAUAUUCUCUGUCAAACUGAAACGGCGUUAUUUUGCUAGUGGACAUGGCACUUUAUUGGGUAUCACACUCUUCAUCUGUUUGAAAAAGGAACAAAAUAAAUUAAAGGAUUCUACACUCGAUCUCAUUAAUUUAAGUGAAGACCACUGCAACAUAUGGUUUCGACAGUUCAAGAAAAUUUUGGCAGGUUUUUCAAACAGACCAAAGUCAUUAAAAAUAUUCCUUAACCCCCAAAGCCACAAAAAGGAAGCUACACAGAUAUAUUAUGAGAAGGUGGAACCACUGUUGAAGAUCGCAGGAAUUAAGACUGAUGUAACAAUAACAGAAUAUGAAGGGCAUGCUCUGUCGCUGCUAAAGGAAUGCGAACUACAGGGAUUUGAUGGCGUCGUCUGUGUUGGUGGAGACGGUUCUGCCAGCGAAGUAGCCCACGCGUUGCUCCUUCGAGCCCAGCAGAGCGCCGGCCUGGAAACAGACCGCAUCCUGACCCCGGCCCGAGCCCAGCUGCCACUCGGCGUGAUACCGGGGGCAUACAAAUCAACUCGAGAACUUGCCAAAGCAGGGACACCUCCCUGGGCCUCACUCCCAGACAUUGCACUUCCAUGGGUUGUAGGUGGAACCCAGAAGUUUGCCUUUUUAAGAAGCUCCCAAGUAGUGUCCAUGCUGCUGCUCCCUGGACCAUGCCUUCUAGGAGUGCCUGCCCAGAACCUGAAAAAGAUUCAAAUGGCAAUUCCAGUAGUUGUAGGUAAAGAUGGAGAGAAAGCAAAGAUAUUCAUUAUGAUUCAAGGGCACAUACAACCGGUCGAUGUCUGCACCUUCAGUACCACUGGCAAGCUUCUUCGCUUCGGGUUCUCGGCCAUGUUUGGCUUUGGUGGGAGGACUUUGGCUCUGGCAGAAAAACAUCGAUGGAUGUCCCCUACCCAACGGAGGGAUUUUGCUGUAAUUAAGGCACUGGCAAAACUUAGGCCAGAGGACUGUGAAAUAUCAUUUUUACCAUUUAACAGCUCUCCAGAUUUACAAGAAAGGAGGGCACAGGGAUCUCCCAAAUCUGACUGCAGUGAUCAGUGGCAAAUGAUCCAGGGUCAGUUCUUGAAUGUCAGCAUUAUGGCAAUUCCUUGCCUGUGUUCAGUGGCACCUAGAGGCUUGGCACCUGAUACCAGAUUAAAUAAUGGAAGUAUGGCUCUUAUAAUUGCACGGAACACUUCUCGACCGGAAUUUAUAAAACACCUGAAAAGAUACACCAGUGUUAAAAAUCAGUUCAAUUUUCCAUUCGUUGAGACUUACACUGUUGAAGAAGUAAAAGUUUAUCCAAGGAAUAAAACAAGUGCACACAGUCUGGAGGAGGAGGAUCAACCACAUGAAACUGCUUCAGAAAACAGUUUCCCCUGGAAUGUAGAUGGCGAUUUAAUGGAAGUUACAUCAGAGGUCCACGUUAAAUUACACCCAAGACUUAUCAAUCUUUAUGGUGAAAGCAUGGAAGAAAUGAAUGAUUCCAAAGUAACAUGUAAUUGUUUAUAACAGAAACAUAUUUCUGAACUAAAAUUUUAAUAUGAAUGGACAUAUUUUAAACAGAUAUCCUAACAGGAAAAACAAAUCUUUUAAAAGAAAUUAAAAUUGCUUGCUACUUUUGACAUUGCUAAAAAUUAGCAUUGAGGGUUUGAAUAUACCAACAAAUAUUUAAAUUCUGGGUUUUUUUUGGAAUGUCUUUAUAUCUACUUUUUAACCUAGAUAUGUAAUUCCAAAGUGAAAUAAUUUACAUCCUUUCAAUUUUCAGGACCAUCAAUUCUGUUGUUAAAUAUCCUGUAGUCUGGUACGAAUAGACCAGAGUUCAUGUAAGAAUGCCCUGAUUUUCCUAAUGAGGUACUUGUCCAGUGAGGUUAAAUUUCAAAAUUAUACAACUCAAUCUAACCAGAAAUAGAAAUACUAUUUUCAAAAUUUCUCUAAUAACUAAACAACUUCCCCCCAAAAGAAUCUCUCCUUAUUUUUAAGUUGUUAUGGUACCAAUUUUGUGAAUAUUCUCUGAAAGUUGAAAAUGUAAGUUGAUUUUCUUACUUCAAAGUGGUAGGGUUUUAAAAUUCAUAGUUUAUUAAAUUUUAUUUUAAACUAUGCAAAAUAUCUAACCGGGCAGAAUCUGGCCCAUUAGGGAGCUGUGCUCUCUUGCUCCUGACAGUCAUAUGUUCUGGCCAUUAUAACAUUGUUUUCAAUAGCACCUAAAAUGUUGUCAUUUCUGAAUAGGAAAGAACCAAAUUUAAGUUUCCUCAGGGAUCAUCCUUGAGAAAUUCUAAAUUUGGGGUUCAUUUUCCGCCAGUGAUUCUAUACAUUUUCCUGAAUGGCUUCUAUUCAAAAAAGUAUACUUUAAAUAUUAUAAAUGUAAUCAGAUUGUAUUGGCACACAGAGUUCACAGGAGGUUUCGUGAUGGAUAACUUAUACAGCAACUAGGUAGUCUGAGGAAGAUGGCUUUUGGCAGGGACUUCCUAUAAAUAUUUCCUAUGGAAUAUUUUCCAUAAUAGUAAAGACUGACCUCUAAUUUAUUUAUUUGUUCACAUCUUAUAACAGAUUUUCAAAAUUUGGCCACCGUCUUCUUAUACAUAUAAAGACAGAUUUAGCUCAGUUCAGAUGAAAUUAUAUCCUAAGAUCAGCAUCUAGUUCAUAUGUAUGAAUAAAUAAUUCAAAAGAUUAUCUUUAAAUGUCUUAAAAUUUUAAAAUAUAAAUUAUAUAAUAAUAAAAAGGAAUCUAAGAUAACCAAUAAAAAUUUAAAAUGUUUCACUGAUCACUAAAACAUAAACCAUGGAAAUUUUGAUGUUAUAUUUAUAUUCACUGGAUAUAAGCUAAAUCUAUUUUAAAAUUAUAAAUUAUGUUUCCCCAUUUCCAUGCAGAAGAGACUGAUCUUAUAAGCAUUUAACACUUACAUUUGAAUAGAAAAGGGUAAUAUCCAGUUACUAUUUACAGAGUAUCAGCAUGAUAGAUUUCUCCUUAAUCACUGUUUUUACAAAGCUCUGAUUUUAAAAAAUUAUUUGUGAGGUACAGUUUUCAUAUUUUACAUAUACCAGUUAAAGUGCAACAUUCACAAUCUGUUUCAGAAUAUAAAUUAGAAUUUUAAGUACUGUUGUUUUGUAAACAAGAAAAUUGACUAAUGGUAGAUUUUUAAAAUUUACUCUGGGGUACCCUUGAAAAAAUUGUUACAGGAGAGACUUAUGGAUUUAUACCUAUGUGAACAUAUAUGUAUAUUUCAAAGUUAUGUAUGUACAGAAAGAAGAAAGAAAUCCAUAGUUGUAUAAACAACAAUUACCCAGAAGUCAUCCCAUUAAGCUCAAACCAGUGUAUAAAAGUUCAGUCUGAAGUUUGCUCUUCAGGCCCAUUAAUCAUAGACCGCUGAAUGGUUGUUGAUCAAAGCCCAUA